AUGCCUAAUUUACUUAGAGGAAGAAUUCUCACUGGAACUAAAAUGGCCAUUUACAAUUAAACUAAACAAUGGUUGAAGAACAUUUUAAUUCAAAGAAGGAUUCAGUCUUUCGUUUGUAUGCUCAUUUGCUACAGGUAUUAAACUGCUCUGAUUAAGGAUUAAUGCUUUCAAUUACAACUAUACUUAUGUACUUAAUUAAAACCAGAAUCAUGUCAUAAGAUGCUGAUUAUAAAGUGUUUAAUGGAUAGAUGGAUUGUGUAAUCAAGACAUUUAAAUAAGAAGGUUUAGGUGCAUUUUAAAAAGGGUUCUUCCCUUAGUGGAUAAGAUUUGGAACAUUUACUAUUAUAUAGCUAAUAGUUUUGGGAUAAUUACAUACAUAUAUGGAAUUAGAAAUAUAUGAUUAAUUUAUUUAUAUGA